GGCUACCAGGUGGCCCAGAGUUUUGUCUUUUCCAUCGAGGAGAUCAACAGGAAUAUCCAUCUGUUGCCCAACCUGACACUGGGCUUCUCCAUCCGCAACUCUGGGGACUCGGUGCAUGGAGCCCUCCAUGAGACAAUGGGGUUUCUCACGGGGCAGGAGGAGCCCAUCCUAAACUAUACGUGUGGGUCUGGCCCACCCCAGGCUGCCCUGGUGGGGGACACACGGUCAGUCCUGUCUGUCUCCAUGGCCAGGCUUCUUGGGCUUUACAAAUUUCCCCAGAUCAGUUAUGCAUCCACACUACCAAUCCUCAGUGACAAGACUCAGUUUCCAUUCUUCCUUCGGACUGUGGCCAGUGACCUCACAAUCUCCCAUGCAGUGACUCAGCUGGUGCUCCACUUUGGAUGGUCCUGGGUGGGCAUCCUGGCCCAGGAUGAUGACUUUGGGCAGCAGGCCAGCUUGCUGGUCAAACAGGAGCUGAGCCAGGCUGGUGUCUGCAUUGAGUUCAACUUCCAAGUCCCUUCUCAGAAAUCCCCAGAGAAGAUAGCAGCCAUUGUCCAGAAGAUGCAGAGCUGUACCGCCACAGUUGUUCUGGUAUUUCUGAGUAACUCAAAUGUCCAGCUCAUCCUGCAGGGCUUGCUGGGCCUCCAUGUUGUGAGCCAGUUCUGGGUCAGCAAGGAUGUACUGCACAUGGUGAUUGCCCUGAUGGUGCCGGGCAUCUCCCAGGUCUUGCAGGGCUCAUUUGGCCUUCACCUUCGCAGAAAUAAGGUGUUCGGAUUCUCUGAGUUCCUUGCUCGCCUGCACCCUAGUCGGACCCCAGAAGACAUGUUUAUAAAGGGGUUUUGGGAGGCCACCUUCAGGUGCACAUGGCCCAGUAAGAACAGCAUAGUGGCAGAGGGUGUCCAGUUCUGCUCAGGGAAUGAGACCCUGAGAGGCCACGAGCUCCCUUUUCGGGAAGUGAAUGAAGCUAAUGUUGCCUAUACAGCUGCCUACAGCAUCGCCCAUGCCCUGCAUGACCUGGUAGCCUGUGAGCACAGGGAUGGGAUGUGUGCAGACCCUAAGCACUUCCAGCCCUGGCAGCUUCUUCAUUCCAUCAGGAAGGUGCACUUCAAGACUCCUGAUGGGAGUGAGAUUAUGUUUGAUGCCAAUGGAGAUUUGGUUAGAAAAUUUGACAUUUUCCAAGGGAAGAAGACCCCUGAGGGCCUAUUCCACUUGGUCCACGUAGGCUUUAUCAAUCCUCGAGUCUCUUUAGGUAACAGAAUGCCUGUCCACUUGAAGGAGGAUGUACAGGUGCCCAAGUCUGUCUGCAGCAGAAGCUGUCUUCCAGGGUUCAGUCAGACCCCCAAGCAGGGAGUCCCCCACUGCUGUUUUGAUUGCAGCCCCUGCCCCAAGGGACAGUUUGCAGACAAAACAGACAUGAAGAGAUGUCUUCUGUGCCCUGAGGAACAAUAUUCAAGCAAUGCCAGAGACCGCUGCCUGCCCAGGACAGAGACCUUCCUGGCCUUUGAUGAGCCCCUGGGACUCACUCUGGCCUCAGUGGCACUCACACUGGCUGGCCUGGCUGUGCUGGUCCUUGGAGUGUUUUUAAAGCACAGUGAUACACCUGUGGUCAGGGCCAACAACCGAGCUCUCAGCUACUUGCUCCUGACUUCCCUAGCCCUCUGUGCCCUCUGUUCCUUCCUCUUCCUUGGCAGACCCACUGCCACAACCUGCCUCCUCCGUCAGACCACCUUUGCAAUUGUGUUCACUGUGGCUGUCUCCUCCAUCCUGGCCAAGACCCUCACUGUGGCACUGGCCUUCAGGGUCACUAGGCCCAGGGACAGACUCCAGGUGUGCCUGGAACCUGGCACAUCUCCCUCAGUGGUCUUCGUUGCUUCCUUGAUGCAGAUUAUUCUCUGUGGGGUCUGGCUGGGCACCUCCCCACCUUUCCCAGAGAGGGACAUGACUUCUGAGCCACGCCAGGUUGUCAUCCAGUGCCAUGAAGGCUCUGGAGUUGCCUUUUUCUGCAUGUUAGGUUACCUGGGCUUCCUGGCUGGAGGUACCUUCUCUGUGGCCUUCCUGGCCAGGGGCCUGCCGGAUGCCUUCAAUGAGACCAGGUUCCUCACCUUCAGCAUGCUGCUCUUUUGUAGCGUCUGGACAGCCUUCCUGCCCCUGUACCAUAGUGCUCGGGGCAAGUCCACUGUGGCUGUGGAGAUCUUCUCCAUCCUGGCCUCCACUGCAGGGCUGCUGGGUGGCAUCUUCAUCCCUAAGUGCUACAUCAUCUUGUUGAAGCCUGAGUGGAACACCUCAUCAUGGUUAAGGCAAGGACACUGGGCUCAGCAGGAAAGGCAAAGUGAGGUGCUCCGGAGCAGAUGUCUCCCCAGGCCCAUGCCACAAAACCUCAUGAACCAGUCCUUGUGGAAGACAUAA